AUGAAGUCUAAGAAGCGUCAUCAUACUUCUUCAGACGAAUCGGAAGAUUCUGAUGCUAGUGGGAGUAGUUCGUCGGACAGUGAAACUGACGACUCGUCGGUAUCCGGACAUCAUUAUAAUAAAAAGAAAAAGAAACGUGCCGAUUCUUCGGAUUCGGAUAGUGAUAGCGACGAUCAUAAACGUUCAAAGAAACGUAAGCACAAGAAAAAGAAGAAGAAGCAUAGCAAAAAGAAGAGGAAAUCGGACUCGGUAAUUAUAAGCGGUUCAGAAGAGAAUUUUACCUUCAGUGAGGGUGAGGAAACUUCAGUAAAGAAAAAGCGUAAACAUAAACACAAACACAGCAAGCGUCCACGCAGCUCAUCUGUUAGUCAAAGAGGCGAAGAACACAGUCAACGACGUCUGCACAGUGUAGUAAAAGAGCGUCGCGAAGCAUCCGCCGAGGAAGGUCAACCUACACGAACUUACUAUCAGAAAGAAUAUCACAGAUCAGAGUCACCUGAAGAUUAUGAACGGGAACGGGAAGUACAGAGGUUCUACCGGGGCUCCAGUAAAGAAAGGAGACAUCAGUAUCAUCAAGAGCAGUACCACAAUGAGCGUGCUUAUAAUGACAGAUUUGCUCAAUACCACCAAGAGAAAUAUGAUAAUAGAGAGAAAUUUGGCCAAAAUUCACAAUAUACUGAACCAAAUGAAGAAUACAUUAGGAAGCAGAAAGAAUAUAAUGACUUUAAAAGGAAUCAACGAUAUGAAGAUCAUAGGUCUGCUGAAGAAGACUAUCAUCAUAGAAGGACCAGAGAUCAAGAAGAAAGGUAUCAUCAAAGAGAAGAUCCAAGAGGGUUUAAUCGCUAUAAUCAAUAUGAAGAUCGUGGACCUAAAAGGCGAGAAUUUGAUGAUAGAAGAGAUUAUCGGGAAAGACGUGGCCCACCUGAUACCAAUCGCUUCCGUGAACGCGAGUUUCCUGACAAGAAGGAGAGGUAUCACGAAGAUGAAUUUUCUUCUGAAAGAGGUCGGGAUGUUCGGCGGGAGAAGAUUAUGAGCAAUGCUGGUAGAGUCGAGAAACCACAAGCAUCACACAAUAGGGAAAGAUCAAGAUCUCGAAGUCUAGAAGAGCACUAUAAAGAGAGGAGUCGUAGACCCGAAGCAAAGGAAGAGCGAUAUAAAGAGGGUCGAAGUGAUGACAGGAGGGACAACAAUCCAAGGGAGGAUAGGAACGCGGACCGCGAAAAACCUCCCAUCAAAGCGGAGUCCAGGCAACGAGAACGGAAGAGUCGGUUUGCAGAUGCAGAGGAUAGUAAAGAGUACAGCUGGGGUAAGACUGAAGUGAAAAAAGAAGGUGGGAAAGAGCCAGCAGAUAAAGAAAAGCCUAAUUUUGGACUAUCUGGUAAACUGACGGCCGAUGCCAAUACUGUUAAUGGUGUGGUGAUUAAAUAUACAGAACCUGAAGACGCUAAACAGCCUAAGAGGAGAUGGAGAUUCUACCCGUUCAAAGGCGACAAAGCAUUGCCAAUUCUAUACAUUCAUCGACAAUCGGCGUUCUUGAUCGGACGCGAUAAGAAAGUGGUUGAUAUUAUGCUUGAACACCCAUCAAUAAGUAAACAGCAUGCGGCGUUACAGUAUCGAGCUACACCGUUUACUAGACCCGAUGGCUCACAGGGAAGGCGAGUUCGACCUUAUGUUAUUGAUCUCGAUUCAGCAAACGGCACAUUUGUAAACAAUAAAAAGAUUGAUCCACGUCGAUACGUAGAGUUACUGGAACGCGACGUAGUCAAGUUUGGCUUUUCUCAGCGCGAGUACGUGCUGCUCCACGAGAACAGCAAGGACGACGCCCAGGACGACGACAACCAGGAGCACGCCGUCGGGGCCAACGUCGCCACCACAGACCAAAUAAAACGAGAGAAACGAGCCAAGGCGGAAAUCGUAGAAGACGGAGACUAA